AUGGACACCGAUACGUUGACUCUCGACCCGGCUAUUACCGCAGCGCUUCCCGUCCAGGGUGAGGUGGUUGCCAUCUCCAGGCAUGGAGACACGAAUUGGUCGACCGGGUAUAAAAUUAUUAUUGAGGUCGAUGAUGAUGAUCACGAGUUCUUCAUUAAGAUCCUUGACCGAGAAGACGCAAGAGAGCUUGCAGAAGGAGAAUUUGAGUCGAUGACCCUCAUGCACGAACUCAUCCCGGAAGCCAUUGUUCCUCCGAUUGCCUGGGGCAUGUUCGAGACUGAUAACUCCAAAGCUUUCUACCUCACAUACUUCCGCGAUCUUGAUAAGAAGCACCCACCUGAUGAUAGUUUGAUACGGCUCAUUAGUAAAAUUCACGAAAAGGAAUCGCCAACUGGGAAAUUCGGCUUCCAUGUUCCCACUUUCUAUGGUUGCCGGAAGGUGGAUAACACCUGGUGUCAGAGCUGGGAGGAAUUCUUUUCUCGGGAGUUGCGUUCAUCUAUCAACUUUGCCCAAGCCGUCUUACAGCAUGAUGAAGAGCUUGAGGGGCUAGCGAAAACCUUCUUCGAUCUUGUGGUUCCGAGGCUUCUUCGGCCACUUGAGACGGGUGGUAGGAGCAUUAAACCUCAGCUCGUCUUUGGCGAUCUUUGGGAUGCGAAUGUGCAAGUCGACAAUCGUACUAGAGCCGCGGCAUUGUUUGAUCCAUGCUGCUUUUAUGGCCAUUUCGAGUAUGAUUUUCAAUGCAUGACUUCCGACCGUUACUCUCUUAAUUACAAUUUUGUCAAUCUAUACAGAGAACGUGUGGGGGUUUCCGAACCUGCAGAAGAAUUCGAUGAUCGCGUUGCUCUUUACGCACUAAGAAACGACUUCCAUACUAUGGGUAUGUGGCCUCAGUGGACCUCAGUUCUUGAUCAUGUGAAAUCUGAAAUGAAUCGACUCAUUAAAAAGUAUCCCGAUGGGCUUCAAGGAUUUGCAGCCAACGCAGCUCUCAAAAACAAUGCUGCCUUUGAACAAAACGCCGCCCUUGAAUACAAUACUUCCCUUGGAGAAAACGCUGCAGAUAGCACUACCAUUCAAGGAAAUGAGGACAUCCCAUCCUCCAAUUCCAUCGUCCCUAGCCAGAGUGGAAAUUUGGCCCCCACCAAGGUGGACUCCGCGUGA